CAACAUCUAUUUCUCUAUUUCCCUCUUUCUUUCCUUUCACUUUUCUUCUUCUUCUUCUUCUUCUUCUUCCUAUCUUUCACACGCUUUGUCCAUAUUUCCAGCAACUGCUUAUACCUAUCAUCCUCUUUUUUCUUUUUUUUCUUUUUCUUUUAUAUUCUUAAAAGUGUCUUCAAAACAUAUCGUUCAUUCAAUCAUCCACUCUUUCCUCCCACGCCUCAUUAUCAUACGCGUGGUAUGAUUAAAAUCAUACCAUUCAUUAUAUAUAUAUAUAUAAAUCACAGCCACAACUCCACUCCACACCACACCACACCACACCACAUCACACCAUACACACACAUACAUACAAAGAAGGAUGACCCACACAAAUAUUUCGCUUCAUGUUUAUAUCGAUUUCGAUAGCACGGUUGUAUUGGGAGAUACAAGGGGUUCAUUAUUGACACAUCAAAUGGGUCAUGAAGAAUUAGACAGGAUUGAUAAAUUGCCCAGGACCGAGUCUUCGAGAAUCACGGUCAGGAAAGCAGAGGAUAUGAAAUGGGAACGUGUCAGGAUGACGGUCCAGGAGGCUGCAGAUAUCCUGAUCGACCCAAAUGCAGAUCUGAGGAAUCAACAUAGUGACGAGGACGGUGGCAAUCAUAGUGUUCUUAACAACGAUAAUAACGAUAACAACGAUAAUAACGAUAACAACGAUAACAACGAUAACAACAAUAACAACGAUAUCAACAACAUCAAUAAUGUCAGUAGUAGUAGUAGUACUAAUAGUAUUAGCACUAGUAGUAGGAGUAGUAGGAGUAGUAGCAGUAGCAGCGGUGGUGGUGGUCAAGGUUCUUUGAGCUUAGUUGGUACAACCACAGCAACCACAACAGCAACCACAACAAGAAGAACAAGAACAAGGACGAAGACUCCAUUCAGCGGUGAUGAAUCAGAUCGAUAUCGUGUACGAUUGGAUCCAGGCUUCAAGAAUUUUCAUCGAUUUUGUCAAGCGCACAACAUCCCUAUUACAAUCCUGAGCGUAGGCAUUCAACCAUUGAUCGAGGAAUUACUGAAUCGGUACCUGGGCGAAGGACAUGGGAUUGGGGUAUAUGCGAAUGAACUUGACAUCGGUACUGAUGGCGCCUGGAAAGUAAAGUGGCGCGAUUGCAGUCCUUAUGGCAUGGACAAGAGUAGAGCUCUUCGUGAGGCGAAAGAGAACAACUUGUGGAAUCCAAAGGACGAGAUCCUAUGGUGUGGUGAUGGCAGUUCAGAUUUCCCAGUGGCCUUAAUGGCCAACAUUGUGUUAGCGCGUCAGGAUACGACCUUGGAAAAGCUGUGUCGAGCCAAUCAGAUCGCACAUCGCGUCUUUACCACAUUUGAAACCGUUCAGGAAGAAGUCGAGAACUGGCUUUUGACACAUCCUGAAAACAACAACAUAAUCAUGAAUACUAGUAAUAUUAAUGCUAAUGCUAAUGCUAAUGCUAAUGCUAAUCCCAACAGCAACAGCAACAGCAACAGCAACAGCAACAGCAACAGCAACAGCAACGCCGACACCAGCACAAGCACUAGCACUAACAUCAAUACUAACACUAACACUAACGCCAACACUAACACCAACACCAGCGUCAAUACCAAUACCAAUGCUUAUGUCAAUGUCAAUGCAAACACUAUCAGUGGCAAUGACAGUAACAAUAGGCCAACAGUAAUCGACAGCGAUAGCGAUAUCAAUGCGAAUGCAUAAUAAAAC